AUGGGGAGCUUCGUCUUCAAAUGGCAUCAUCCAGCACAUGAGGUCUACGUGACCGGCACAUUCGACGAUUGGGCAAAGAGUGUGAAGCUGGAAAACAAGGGUGAAUAUUUCGAGAAGCUUGUAGAGCUACCCUUGUCGAAAGAGAACAUAUUUUACAAAUUUGUCGUUGACGGCAACUGGACGACAGAUCAUACAGCUCCUCAGGAAAGUGACGGCGCAAGCAACGUGAACAACGUCCUCCUUCCCAAAAACAUCACAGGACCACACUCCUCAGGCCCAGCAGCUGUAGGGAUAAUGUCCGGAGUUACCCCUCUAUCUACUACUGCAGGCUUGGCGGGCAAUGUGCCAAAGGAAGCAGAACGAGAUGUAAGGCCAGAGUCAGCAUCUUCUGAUGUACCGGGCAGCUUGGCCGAGACACCGUUCCAUGACGCAUCAGAAUUCUACGUCGAUCCGAUUCCGGCGACUUCUGGUAUGGGUAACCCCGUCAACUUGGCACCUGGAGAGAAAGUCCCUCAUCCGAAUACUCUCACUUCCAACACUGUGUCCUCGACUGCUCGUGAUGAUUCGUCACUCAAGAAGAGCGCAGAGGGCUCUGAGCAGACCUUUGGCGUAGCUCCUCUCCCCGCCACCACUGGCACUGGGAAUCCGGUCUCAUUACAGCCUGGCGAGAAAGUUCCUCACCCCAGCGAGUUCACUCAAAAUACUACAACAUCGCACGUAACCACGGACAAAGAGUCAUAUGAGAACGCAGGGGGUGCGCCACAGCUGCCAGGUGUCGUCACUCCGGACCACGAGCGUGAAGCUCUGGGAGGAAUGUUCAAGAUGCCAGGGAUCGGAGGAACCAUGAUUCCUGAAUCUAGCUUACCAAUGGGAGGAGGAGCUGCAUCAGAAGUAGAUAAAGGCCCAGUGAUACAAUCCGCUGGAGCACAAAGCACAACGGCUGCACUUGCGGGUAACGUGCCGUUGGAGCGGCGAGGGGUACCUGAGAUCGUUCAGGAGAGUCAGCAAGAAGCUGGAUUCGGUCCAGAGGCUAGUGAAAACAGGGAGGCUGUGAAGGAAAAGUCUGCAAUGGAGAAAGAGCUCGAGACCAAAGUCCCAGAAGAGCCAGCUACGUCUGAAAGCACUGGUGUAGCUGCAUCUGAAGGCACCGAUGGCGCCAGUGGUGGCAUGGGCAAGGACGCUGCGAUGGCCGCUGGAGGUGUUGCGGCUGGAGGUGCAGUGGCUGCCGCCGCUACAGCUUCUCACGGUCUCCCAGCGUCAGUACAGCACUCGAUCGACGAGAUGAACAGAGGGUCUGCCAUCGCUCCAACGGUGCCAGACGUUGUCCAAGAAUCUAUCACCGAAUCUCAUCAAUCACCAGAGGCAGCCGCAGACAAGACAAUGGUCGGAGAGAAGAGUGCAAUGGAGAAGGAACUUCUGUCUGACGUCAAGAGGGAAGAUGGUGUUGGAGAGCCAGCCCCUUCCUCAAGCGCUGCGUUGGCCGAGACUGCUCCAGCUCCCACUGGAUCCGAGAAUGUUCCACCACCAAUCUCCAAGGACUCUGCCGCCGUCACUACCGCUGGAGCGCCCGCCCAAACACCAGCUACCGGAAAUUCAAUGAAGCAAGCAGUGCAGUCCCAGCCUGACUCUCGAGAUAUCUCUCCGAUGACCAAGCCCAUCAAGCAGACGCAAAACCAAAGUCAGCCAACUGUGACGACCGGAGUGGGCUCCAGCGCUGCUCCUCAGACAUCACAACAACCAGACAAGGCCGCCCCUGCAGCAAAACCGAGCCCUGCAGCAAAUUCUACGGCCGCGGACAAGAAAGCGAAACGAGCAAGUGGAUUCUUUGGGAAAUUGAAGUCGAAGUUUAGUGAUAAGAAGUAA